AUGCGUCCUCCAGGCCCCAGCGCCUCCAGAAGCCACCUAGUCCAGGAAGCAGUUUCCGGACCCAGGAGGGCUAGCAGUCCUUUGUGGGCUAGCCUGGGCACAGUGCCACCGCGCACAACUUUCCGUCCGUGGGAAAUGAGUUCUCCUUCCCAGGGCCCUCCCACCACUCGCAGGCCGCGGGGCGAGCCUUUCCCCUACCCUCGCUGGCCCAGUGCCCAGGCAGCCCCAGGCCCCGGGGCGCGCCGGGCCCCGCUGCGCACGCUAGCAGCGCCCCCUCUCCCGCGGCCCGGCCACCCAAGGUCACGCGGCGGCCGCCCGCACCCUCGCCGGCGUGGGCCUCCUGCGCGAUCAGCCCGGCCCCGCGCGCUCCCCGCCCAGGCCUCCGCUCGGCCACUUCCUGCUCCGCUCCGCUCCGCUCCGCUCCGCUCCGAGGCGCCGCGCGGCCGGGAACAAAGCGAGGUGGCCGCGGCCCGGAACAGGGCGCGGCGCGGGCACUCACCGGGCCGCCGCGUGCGGGCGACGGGGCCUAGCCGGGCCGCGGCCUCGGGCGCCCGCCGCUCCGCAUCCCGCGGGCGGGCGCUGGGCGGGGCCGGCUGGAGGCAGCGGCGGCCGGGCGCGCGCUGCUGGCCGGGUCUAGGCCGCCGCGGUGCCGGCCGCCGGGCGCUGCUCGGUCCGCUCCGCCUGUCCGGGACUCGCGUGCGCUGCCGCGCUGGGCCGCCCGCCGCCCGCCCGCCGCCGCCUCGGUGCUGCCGCCGCCGCCGCCGCCGCCGCCGCCGGCCCGCCUUCUCCCCGCCCCGCGCCCGCGCCGCCCGCCCACAUCCGCCUCCGCCGCCCCGGGCGCCCCCGGCGCGGCCCGCGGCCAGGGCGAGGCACCCCGCGAGCGCGAGCGCGGCCCCGCAGGCGCCGCCCUCGGGUGGCCCCAAGCCAGGGCCACGCGGACCCCACGGAGGCCGGCGCGGGGCGCGGAGCGCUCUGACUUUCUCGAGGCCCAACUGUCCCUCCCGGUCUGGGGCGCCGGCACAGCCCGGCCACCGGGGUCCUAGGGAAGGCAGGCUACGGGGCUCAUUGGACUCGCACAGCUGCCCCAGCUCUGAGCACCUCCAGGGCGCUGAGCCCGGCGGGUCUGCGCUGCUCCAGCUGUACCCCCGACCUGAGGGCUACCCUCGGAGACUGAGUCACAGACGCACAAGUCCAGCACUCACCCAGCAAACUUUCACCCCGGGCCCCCGGUCCUCCUCCCCUGCUUCCCCAACCCCGGCAGUGCCACAGGUGAGGAGCACGCCUUACAGCGACUUGCCAGUGACAUGCUCUCCAACAAAAACCGUGGUCCUGACCUCCUUGCCAGGCACAGAGGUCCUCUUCCUGUCCCCUCCUGCAGCUGCCAGCAGCUGCAUAGGACUCAAGUGCCUGAGCCCUGCGCUAAGAGGUCUGGGCAUCGGCUGCAGGGCUUGUGAAGCUGACCGGAGCAAUGUCUCAAGUCGAGGAUACCCCUCCACACUCACCCUUGGGAGAGAAGACUUCCCAAGGCAUCAGGGCACCCUCAAGCCCUCCAAACCGGUUUCCUUGCCCCACAAGAACCAGGUGUCUUCGCUCACUCAUACCUUCCUGACCGACUCCCGCUGGAACACCCUAACCAGGGUGCCAGCCCUGACUUUUCUCCAUGUCACCCCUCUAACACAUCGUGUGGCCUGCCUGCGUAACUCUGGAGGUCUCGCGCUGCUGCUCUUUGGUUGUGUCUUACACCCAUCCCACCAUAUCUGCCCCUAUCCAGUGCCCUCUGACAGUGUGCAUGCCUGCCAGCCCAAGGCCUGCAGCGGGCCCUAA